AUGAGAAUUUUGUCGGAUUAUGGGAUUCUAAAUCACGUGCUUGCGGAUCAAUCAUCAAAAAGUAUGGAAGACGAAUCAUUCAAAAAUGAUAUUCUUUUAAAAAAAAAUAUGUUCCAACUAAAGUUGCGUGGCAAAACCCAAAUCCCUCACUUUUCUACUGAUUUGACUUUUGAGGAACUGAAAGAACAUCAUGAAUGUCCAUAUGAUCAGGGUGGUUACUUUAUCAUAAACGGUUCCGAAAAAGUUCUAAUAGCUUAG